AUGGGCGCAUACCUCAGUUCACCGCGCAUCGGGAAAACGACCACCCAGGGCCAAGGCAAUGGCCUGGUCUACGUUGCGACGACGAUGCAGGGCUGGCGCUCCAAUCAAGAGGAUGCCCACAACACAAUCAUCGACCUGCUGGGCGACUACUCCAUGUUUGCCGUUUACGAUGGUCAUGGUGGCGACCAGGUAGCCCGCUACGCCGAGCGCCACUUUCCGGACUUUUUGCGACGCUUCAAUUGGGACGAUCGUGAAGACAUCAGCACUACCAACAGCAUGCUCGUGGACAUUUUCCUCGCAUUCGACGACCACCUGCGGCAGCCAGAAACCCUGGCAGCCAUGUCUCGACCUCCAGGUGUCCAGCGCGUCGAGGCCGAGUUGAAUCAGGUCGUCGAGGAGCAGAAUCUGCCAAUCAGUGAUGUGCUUGCACGUUACGGAAUGGCGAUGGAAGAGGCUCGAAAUUCUGGCGAGGUUGUCCCAAUGGAGAAGCUCGUCGAAACCGUGUCUGCCACCGUGGCGUCUUUUAUGGCCGGUCGCAAGCGUCGACACAGCGGUGAUGAUCCCUCUUCAUCGAAGCGCCUCCGGGGUCCGUUGCCGCAACUUUCGGUUGACCUGGAAGACGAGCCGGGCCCUAGCGGUAGCGGUGGAGACGACAAAAAAGAUGAAAAGAGCGAUGAUGUGGAAAAGAAGGAUGAGAAGGGCGAUGCUGUAGAAAAGGUGGCGCCGGGAGGCUCCGGUGACCACGCAGGAGACGACGACGAUGACGAUGAUGAAUCCGACGAGGACUUUGUCCUCGACGAGCCGUCUGGUGAGAACGAGGCUCUCGCGGCCGGGGAUGAUGAUGAUGAUGAGGGAGUUGUCGACGAUGAAGACGAAGAUGAAGAUGAAGAUGAGGAAGAGGCUGAUGAAGAAGGCAUAGAAGUGAUAGAUGAAGAGGACGAAGAGGAGCCGGAUGAGGAUAGGGCCAGCAAUUUCUUUGCUCGUGCUCAGCAAAACAAACCGGGCAUCGACUCUGGGGCCACCGCCUGUGUCGCUCUUGUAAAUCCGAAGCGGGUGAUUGUUGCCAACAUCGGUGACACACGUGCUGUCGUUUCACUUGGAGGCAUUGGAGUGGAUUUGUCGGUUGACCACAAGCCGGAAGACGAGCUGGAGCGCGCUCGAAUCGAACGCGCCGGCGCUCACGUGACCGAGGAAGGAAGGGUUAACGGCGGCCUGAAUCUCUCCCGUGCGUUUGGCGACUUCUUCUACAAGCGCAACAGCAAUCUUCCCCUUGGAGAACAAGCCAUUUCCGCGCUGCCCGAGAUUCAAGUCCACGAUCGCACGCCCGACGAUGAGUUUCUAGUGGUCGCUUGCGACGGCAUUUGGAACUCUAAGACUAGCCAGGAGGUCGUGGACUUUGUCAAGGAGGGACUGGCCGCCAAGCUCACCGAUAAGGAAAUCGUCGAGGCUCUGUGCAACGAGUGCCUCGCACCGAACACCAGCGGCGACGGCACCGGCUGCGACAAUAUGACGGUCAUCCUCGUCUGGCUGCGCGACCGCGACACGAUCGGACCGGCCGUAAAAAGCCCUGCUACCGCAUCCGGCGAGGUUUCGAUUACCUCCAGUGCCGUCGACCUGCAAGCCGCCGGUGACAUGCCCCAGCCGACUCCGGAAGCUGCCAAGCCCGAGGCGGCUGCCGAGGCCCCAGCGGCCGCUGCGGAAGCUGAGCCAAAGGAUGCGCCCAAGAACGAA